UAUUAACAAAACUACCCUCGUUCAAAGACAACUAUCACUUUACUUCAAGGUUAUGACCACCAACAUGCCACCGCCGAAAUAGCAAACGCUAUGAUAGAGAUGAAGAAGUCGGCGGUUCUCUACCACUAUCCAUGCCCCGACGGCGCUUUUGCCGCUCUUGCCGCUCACCUCUAUUUUAAAACUUCUUCUCUUCCGUCUCUCUUCUUUCCCAAUACAGUUUACGGUGCCAUUACGCCGCAACAGCUUCCUUUGCAUGAAAUUGAUCAUCUUUAUCUUCUUGACUUCGUGGGUCCUCCCGGUUUUGUGCAGCAAAUUGCUCCCAAAGUUUCAAGGGUUGUGAUACUGGACCAUCAUAAAACUGCACUUGAGGCUGCAAUUGAAGGAGACAAUGUGACUAAAGUCAUAGAUAUGAAGAGGAGUGGAGCUACAAUUGCUUAUGAUUAUUUCAAGGAAAAAAUUUUAGAUAAAAAAGUGCUAAGUGUAUUAGAGCGUGCUAGAUUACUUUUCGACUACAUUGAAGAUGGAGAUCUUUGGAAAUGGAAACUUCAGAAUAGUAAAGCCUUCAGUACUGGGUUAAAAGAUUUAAAUAUAGAUUACAAUUUUCAAUUAAACCCUUCCUUGUUUCAGCAGUUACUUUCUUUGGAUGUGGAGUCUGUCAUCAGACAAGGAAUGGUGAGCUUAUCUCACAAGCAAAAAUUAAUUGAAGACACGCUCGAUCAGUCGUAUGAAAUUGCGCUCGGAAGUGGAGCUUUUGGGCGUUGCUUGGCAGUUGAUGCCGAUUCAAUUUCUGAAUUGAGGAGUGAAUUGGGGCACCAGUUAGCUACUAAAAGCCGUAAUUUAAAUUUAAGGGGCAUUGGAGCUGUUGUCUAUAGAGUACCAGAGCUUGAAAAUGAUAAGUUGGUUAAAAUAAGCCUGAGGAGUGUAGAGAGUGAAGACACCACACCUGUUUCACAGGAAUUUGGAGGCGGAGGACAUCGAAAUGCCAGUUCGUUCAUGCUAAGCGCUGCAGAAUUUGAGCUGUGGAAAGUGAGGUAAACGCCUUACUGUGGGCAACCUAUAGUUGCUUGUAUCAUUUUCUUUAUACCUUAUGCAAGACAAGGAGGUGGCUACCAUAAGGAAGAAGAGAAAACAAAAUAAAUGGAGGUUGCUGUCCAGAUUGUACAAGUUUUUUUCUUUUCGGUUAAAGACUGUAAAAGCGAACGUGAUUUAUAUAUACUAAUUAUUUUAUUUUCAGUCAGCCUUCUUUUAAUGUUCUGAUUUCCAAUAAAUUGUGUAAUGUGUCUACGUACCAUGUAUAAGUAGGUGCUCAGUGUUUUUGCUAGAUUUAUUUAGAAGCAAGCACAAUACUGAGUAUUGAAUAAACUAGUCUGAAGAUGUUUCAUUUGCUGCGUUUAGCAAUCCCAAAGAACUAAUGUUUCCUUAGGCUAAGAUCAUCCUCUUGUACUUGUUAUUAAAAGAUAAGAGAAUGAUGUGAAGAAAUUUUGUGAAACUGGAGUUAGCUUGUGUUUGUGACAACUGCUUAUCAUAUCUUACAAUGUGUAGAUUUUUUUAUUCAGUUAGGUUUUUCUCCUAUUAUUUUUACAUUUUAGUGUUAAAUAUGUAUAAAACUGUCAUCGUUAAAAGCGUGCACUCGCAAACACAGAGCUAACUUCUCGAUUUUGAUAUAUUAGUAUAUAUUAUAUACCUGAUUAUAAUCU